AUGUCGUUCCAAAAGUAUAUAAAUAAUGAUAUAGAUGCCCCAGGAGACAUAGUGGAUAGAACUAAUAUUAAAUUUAUGGAAGAGUUUGAGAAGCAAAACGAUUAUGAUCUUAAGACUAAAGAACGCAAAUAUGACAAACAAUUUUAUUCAAUGUACCAAUACAGAUUAUCCGUUUUGAAAAAAAGUGUCGAUGAUAAUGCUUUAAAAAAAUGGGGAGAUGGUAGUAAGAAAGUCAAUGGACAAAUUGUAACUAAAAGGGAUAAGAUAUUGGAUAUAUCUAGUGGACAGUUGUGCUGGGUAAGUGGUACUAUUUUUUCUGACAUGAAGAACAAAUUGAACAUUUUGCAAGAUGUUGAAAAUGGUAUUGAUGACGUCUUACCGAAGGUUCCUGAUACGUAUACAUUACCGAACGCAAAAGACAUGCCGGUCGUUAUGUUGGAAGAUGAGUCUGGUAGAGCUAUCUUGAACAACGAUGAAUUUUUAAAGAAAAAUAUAUUGGUGACAGGUUGCAUUGUUGCAAUAUUAGGAAUUGAGAUUCAAGCUGGGAUAUUUGAAAUAAUGGAUGUUGUAUUUCCAUCAGUGGCACCUCAGAAACCUCUUAAGACACCUAAAGAAAAAAACAAUAAGAUUGCAUUUGUAUCGGGACUUAAAUUAUGUGAUGAGGCUAAUCACGAUAUAAAAAUAGAGUUAUUAAAGCAAUAUUUGGCGGGAGAGUUGGGAAACAAUGCCGAUGCCCACGAUGUUUCGAGGAUAUCGCGGUUGAUUAUAGCUGGAGACUCAAUUGCGCCGAUUGAAGAGACGGUAGAUGAUGAUUUCUUCACAACCAACAACUACGGAUCAAAAAAUAUCUCAAAAUAUAACACAGACUCUUUGAAAAGCUUGGACAAUUUUAUAACUGAUUUGUUACCUUCUUUACCUAUAUCAAUAAUGCCUGGUAACAACGAUCCGGCGGAAAUAUGCUUGCCCCAACAGCCUCUACACAAAUCAAUUUUCCAGUCCAAUAAACGAUACGUUGGAGGUUCUACUCUACAAAGUCUCACCAACCCUGCAUGGAUGGAGGUCGAAGAAAGUGGGUUGCGUCUCUUAGGGACGUCAGGACAGAAUAUCAGUGAUAUCUUGAAGUACUUGACCGCUGAAACUCUUUCCGAUCCACAAGUUGUUCUCACCAUCAUGGAAUCAAACAUCAAGUGGCAAAAUAUCAUUCCUACAGCCCCAGACACCCUUUACUGUUAUCCAUUUGACAACUCGGACCCCUUCACCCUCGCAGAUGAAACUCCCCACGUCUAUUUUGUGGGAAAUCAAAAACUGUACCAUGCAAAAACCAUCAACUUACAAAGAGAUCACAAUAACCAUGAGACCGCCCAAAUUACUUUAAUCAGUAUCCCUGAUUUUUCGCAAACUGGACAAAUCGUCUUACUAGACCUUUCCACUCUUGAAUGUGAAUUGGUCUCAUUUAGUAUAUAA